AGUUGUAGGUGGAUGUAGAAGAAAUCCGAAACGAAGACGGCCUCGCAUGUCAAUUUGCUACAAGGAAAUGGUUGCCUCAUAGGAUUCAGCAGAGACUACAUGCAGAGCCGCGGAUACGUGGGGAGCGCGGUUGGCUACGAGAACGAGGAAUCUUCGAGUCAGCGAUCAGCAUCGACACAUUGAUGCUUCGUCGAUCGAUUGACGGACCUAGUGACGAGGCACCGACGAGCCGCCAAGGAAAUCUCGACGAACAAAUCCUCGGGAUGGAGCUAAGAACGGCGAAACUGUUAUUCUACUCGGCGUUGGUGGUGGCGGUGUGUUGGUGCCAGGAAGAUUGGACGGCUCAAUGCUCAUCCUUCUGCAAGUGCAGAUGGAUUUCCGGCAAGAAGACCGCCGAAUGCGUGAAGCAGAAUCUCACGCAGAUACCUAGCGGUCUAUCGUCGGAGAUUCAGAACUUCGACCUGACCGGCAAUCGCAUUAUUCAUCUGAUGCACGACUCGUUCAGCCACGUUCACCUGGUGAACCUUCAGAAGCUGGUGUUGCGCAGGUGCGAGAUCGAGACGAUUCACACGGCCGCUUUCAACGGGCUGAAGAUCGUGAUCGAGAUCGAUUUAUCGGCGAACAACAUCAGAACACUGAACCGGGGCACGUUCGUGGAGACGCAGAGGUUGAGGGUGUUACUCUUGAACGAUAAUAAGCUGAAGGUCCUGGAGAACGGUCUCUUCCGUGAUCUAGUUUAUCUGCAGAAGGUAAUGUUGUCCAACAACCAGUUGGAACUAAUCGAGGAGAAGACGUUCCACAAUCUGCCCGGUCUGCGAUUGGUGACCCUGGACGGCAAUAAUCUGAGCACCCUGGGGGUGCAGAGUUUCGAGUCGUUACCGACACUUGGCAGCCUGGAGCUCCAUAAUAAUCCCUGGAACUGCAAUUGCCAUCUAAAGAGAUUCCGCAAUUGGACGAUAGAGAGGAAGUUGUACACGAAGCCUACCACGUGUCACGAGCCGCCUAAUUUGGCCGGGAAGAUGUGGGACGAGAUCAACGGCGACGAGUUCGCCUGCAGACCGGAAAUCUUCACGAUCGGCCCAUCCGUGAAGAUGGAGUUCGCCAGGGGGAACGUCACCUUCUGGUGCAAAGCCACCGGGACUCCGCAGCCACAGCUCUUCUGGAUCUAUCGAUCGAGAACUUUAAGAAACGACAGCAGAAGGCAUAAUGGAGAGAAGGGUUACAUCCUGAAGUCCAGCCACGACUGGUUGAACCUGACGAUACCGGACGUCACGCCCUCGGACAAGGGCGAUUACGUCUGCCUGGCGAAAAGUCCAGGCGGAAAUACGGAGAAAAACGUGACUCUGGCCGUCGCCGGCGACGCUAUGGGUGGCAAAGACAAUAUAAUCAGUCUACCGCUCGCGCUAGGGUUAGGUGUGACCGCGUUGCUGCUUCUGAUCGUCACCGUGUCGCUGUGCGUGUGUUACUGUCGUCGUCGUCGAACCAGGCACGACGAGAAGAGCCUGGAGGCCGCCUCGAUGGAACACCACGGUCUCGGCGAGCAGGAGAAGUCGCUGAUCACCACCAUAAAUCCGGUGGUGAAGCCACCCAGACGCUACGAGACGCCUUCCGUGACGUCGCACGGCACCGAGAUGACGGAGCUGAAUCGCACGCUGCUCGACAACGACUCGGUCUUCGCUGAUGGUAUCGGUGGCGGUGUCGGCGGCGGAGUGAUCGGCGGGGUCGGCGACGACGAGAGGGAAGAACGAGCUACGCCCGAGCUAGAGAGCGGUACCGGCACGCUGUGCCGCGGAGGUGGCGGAAGUUAUCGCCAGUAUCCGCCGGAUCUGUUGGCCUUCUCGGGUGGUCGAGGCGCAUCGCCGACGAGCCAGGCGUCCACGGCACCCGACAACACUCGUCUGCCGAGUCAGCACGCGACGCCGAGCGCGGCCGCGUACGGUUCACCUGCGAACCAAUACCCUGCCGCUUUCAAGACUUUGCCGCACAAUCGAAGCGUCACCCCCUAUGGAAUCGCCAGUUCCACGAUCGCGCCGGUGAUGCCACGCCACGGCUACGUGACGAUACCGCGAAGACCCAGGGCACCCAGCUGGAGCAGCGGUCCACCCACAUCGCCCACCGACGGCCUCGAACCGGUCUACGACAACCUUGGAGUGCGCAGCACCGCCGACGGUAGCUCGAGGCUGUCGUUGAACAAGAGUCCGGAACCUCUGUCCUCCAUCAGGAAUCGACCUCUGCCAGGAACGCCCAGUUCCCAUUACGGCACUAUUCAACGAAGUACCCCGAACAUACUGACAAGCAGCCCUCUCGACAGAGCCGCUCCCGAGGGCGCCGCAGAAUGGCCGACCAAGAUCGCCGACGAAUCGACCGACAGCAACCAUGUGCUUAGCCAACCGCAACCUCAACAAUCGUCCAGCAAUACUCUGGGAAGAAAAGUGCCACCCAGACCACCCCCGAAGCCGAAGAAGAAGUCCACCAACGGCCCAUUGUACGAGGACGAAGGCGAAGACGGGACGGAGGUAUGAUCUACGUACGUAGGUCGACGAAGAUGAGGCCGCGAGGUCGUGGCCGUGUUAAGCGGAAGAGACGCAUGACCGAGGUCACAAUAAACCGGUAGUGCCUUUGACGAAGAGACGAUCCGUGCUUCGUGCGAGUUCACGUGUUCGGUUGGAGUGGGUCAGUUUGCUCGUCGAGCGUGCGGGGGCUUCCACAUCCGGUGAAACAAGUCGGGUGAAACGCUGACUCGCUGGAAUAGCAACAAACUCUUUCUUGUACUUCUUUCUCUUUUUUUUAUUUACUUCGUUUUUCUUUUUUCUUGUAUUUUUUUAAUUUAUUUAGUUCGUGACGUGAUACUAUUUGCAUUUUAUCGUGAGCGAGGGAGACUGUCUACGGUAGAUUCCUCGCGAGGACGAUGUGACCGAAUCUGGUGGAAUAUGUGGAUGUCUUUGGUUCUUUGCGUUCCUCGAGAUGUUCGUUGACGGUGACCGGUGUUGGGCAGAGCAAGGACCCGCCAAAGAGCUCGGGGCACGGGUGUCCACGACACGGGCAGGAAUGGGUGUGGGAUUCACGGAAAUUUCAAAUUUGUACGUUUUUUGGUUUAUUCGGUAAUUCGGAAAUUUAAAAAUUCGGUCAUUUCGUAAUUG